AUGUCCGGACGCGGUAAAGGAGGCAAAGGACUCGGCAAAGGUGGUGCUAAGCGCCACAGAAAAGUUCUUCGUGAUAACAUCCAAGGUAUCACGAAACCUGCUAUUCGUCGUUUGGCUCGACGUGGUGGUGUGAAGCGUAUUUCUGGUCUAAUCUAUGAGGAAACUCGUGGUGUGCUGAAAGUGUUUCUCGAAAAUGUUAUUCGUGAUGCUGUCACCUAUUGCGAACACGCUAAACGUAAGACGGUCACUGCCAUGGAUGUCGUCUAUGCUCUUAAACGUCAGGGUCGUACGCUCUACGGAUUUGGAGGAUAA